UGGGCACAGGUGGGCGGAACUUGUGGGUGGCACUGCAGAGCACCAAUCAUCAGGGCACUGAUGAUCAGUGCCCUGAUGAUCGGUGCCGAUCCCUGCUCUGACAACUGCCGGUUCUCGACAUGUGCCCUGAUGAUCAGUGUGGCCCCAGAAGUGCCACCUGUCAGUGUCCAUCAGUGUCAGCUGCCAGUGCUGAACAGUGCCACAUCAAUACCACAUAUCAGUGCCUACCAAUGCACAUCAAUGCCACAUAUCAGUGCCCAUCUGAGCUGCCUUUCAGUGCCACCCAUCAGU